AUGGUGACCAUCCUGUACUGCUGUCGAGCGGUCGCCGACGUCCCCUUCCGGGAGCCGUUUGUGCGCUCGUUCCUACUCGGGAUAGGCAGCGGCCUGCUGCUGGAAGGAGCCCAUGUCCUCAUGCAGAUGCUUGGAAGUCAGGACCUAGGUGCCUUUUCGUACUCCCCUGCCCUGGUGGCAGACCAUAUUCUGGCAUUCACCAGCUGGUUUGGGCUGUAUUUCCUGGAGGCAGCUGCCGUCCUCUCGGUGCUCAAGCGCUACAAUGGUGAUGAACAGGCAGCGGCCAAGGACCUCGCAAACCUGUCCACCCUGCCAAAGCGCCUCAUUCCCCGUCUGCCUUUCUUCUCCCGCGAAUCCCGCUUCACCAAGCCCCUCCUUGCGUCGGCCUCUGAAGCCACUGGCACCAAGUCCACAGCGACAGUGGAUGCUGAAGCGAUGGUGGAGCCUGCCACCAAGCUUGCCACGAGCACCCUGGUGGAGCCCAUGCCUCGGGGCGGGACGGUCGUCCGACCCCAGGGAGAAAACAGUGUGGUCAGAGCACCCCCGCGCAAACCGGCCACCUCUGUCCCCCUGCCCCGCGCGCCCUCCUCCGCCGAGGAAAUGGCGGCGGGCGUGGCCAAACGUGCGCGCGAGCUGCGGGACCGAAGCGGCUACCUGAAGAACAUGUGGUACGCGGUGGCCCUCUCCGCCAACGUCGGCAGCAAAGAGCCGGUGAAGGUGCAGCUGUGCGGGCGCGAGAUGGUGCUCUUCCGCGACGCCACAUCGGGGGAUGUGCAGGCACUGGACAACGUGUGCCCCCACCGCGGCGCCCCGCUCUCCUCGGGCUGGCUGUCAGAGAAGGAGUCGGGGACGUGCGUGGUGUGCCCCUACCAUGGCUGGGCCCUGGAUGGGGCUGGGGCGCUCAAGGAUGUGCCGGCCGCCAUGAACAAGGGCGAGUGGCCCAAGCGCUCGCUGAUGAACGUGUACGACGUGGAGGAGAAGGGCGGCUUCGUCUGGCUCUUCUACGGCAGCCGCCGCAUGCCCGUGAACGAGCGGCCACCCAUCCCCUACAUCCCCGAGCUGGACGACGGCGGCUGGCGCGCGGUGUAUGAGGAAAUGGAGUUCGAGUGCAACCACUUUGGCGUGUUUGAGAAUGCCAUCGACAUGGCACACAUCCACUACCUGCACGGCGACUCGUUUGGGAACGCCGACGCGCCCGAGAUCAAGGACAUGCAGGUAGCCAGCGACGCCUAUGGCAUCACCGCCACCUUCACCAUCACCAACAAGCCCGUGAAUGCCUUUUGGUCCAUGUUCCAGGUUCCGGAGGUGUUUGUGACGGCGCGCGUCUUCCUGCCCUCCACCUCCGUGGUGACCUUCACGCUGGGGGCGGGCCUGUCCUUCACCACCUUUGUCAACACCGUGCCCCUCACCGCCACGCGCUCCGUCAACCGCUUCGCCCUCAUCCGCCGUCUGGCCUCCGACCGCACGGGCUUGUUCAACGCGCGCAUCUGGGACGGCAUGGCGCGCGACGCAAUGCGCAAGAUCCUGUCCGAGGACAAGGCCAUGGUGGAGCAGCUGCGCUACGACCUCCUCCCCGCCGAGUACAGCGUGCGGGCCGACCUGCCUCAGGUGGCCUUCCGCAAGCUCAGGCAGCAGUACGUCGACAUGGGGUAUGGACUGCCCACGGAGACGUUUGUACCCACACACACUGUGCCGGCAAACUUGGACUGA